GUCGCCGCCGGCGGACCGCCAGUUGCGCGGUCAGCACGGCCCGGCGGUGAGCAGUGCGCAGCGGUGCGGGAGGAAGAGGGCCGUGGCACUCUGUCAGAUCGGCCCGAGACGGGACUCGUGCUCAACAGAGGCCGUCGGCGGACGAUGUGAGCCGGCGGCGGACGGUGCGAGACUGUCGGCCCUCCAGCAGCAGCAGCAGCAGCAGCAGCAGCAGCAGCAGCAGCAGCAGCGAAGGAGGCCGCCCUCGGACCGGGCGCCGCGUGCCGGUCACAGCAGCUCUGCACGCGCCGCGCCGCCCAGGCCGCCGGAACAAUAGGGCCCCGCACGGACGCCGCCAUGAGGAACUCGGCCAUCCUGCGGUGGACGCAGAACAACAAACUGCUGCAGCGCUCCAACUCGCAGGGUAGCAACACCAAGGCGCCAUGGGUUCACCCAGCGGACGCCAUGAAGACUGGACACAUCGCCUACCUAGUGAAGUUUCUGGGCCGAACUGAGGUCGAUCAGCCCAAAGGCAUCGAGGUUGUCAAGGAAGGCAUCCGGAAACUACAGUUCGGCCAGGAGAUCAAGAAGUCGGAGUGCUCCAAGCUCCCGAAGCGAGAGCUCACCAUCUCCAUCAAUGGUGUAGCGAUACAGGACCCCAAAACCAAGGAAAUUCUAUACCAGUAUCCGCUACACCGAAUAUCUUACUGUGCUGACGACAAGGGGGAAAAGAAGUUCUUCAGCUUUAUCGCAAAGGAGGCCGACAAGGAAGUGCACUCAUGUUUCGUGUUCGUCAGCGACAAACUCGCGGAAGAGAUCACGCUAACCAUCGAGGCGUUCGACCUGGCUUACCGUCAGUUCCUGGACUCGUCGGGCCGUGACCUGGAGAACCGCAAGCAGAUGAUGAUGCUGCAGAAGCGGCUGGCGCUGGCCAAGGCGGAGGCCGAUGAGCUGCGCCGCCGGCUGCGCGACGUGGCCGAACUGGCACCGCCCGCCGCCGUCCACAACUACUACUGCCGCCAAAAUCUG